AUGCUACGGUUUCGUGAAGCAAGCCGUUGUUUCGGUCACCAACGACUUUCCACCGAGCUUGCGGGUUCCUUGUGGGGUCUGCGAAGCUUUCGGCGCAACUUUUCCUUCGAUCCCAGCGUAGUUGUUCAUGAGCUCACUGAAUCGCUCCAGGCUGUCCAUACAUUCACGGGACUACCAUGGUGGACGCUUAUCCCAAUUACAACGUUUGGCCUUCGGUCAGUAUGGACAUUCCCAUUGGCUGUGUUGCAGAGACUACGCAUCCAAAAACAAAAUGAACUUCGUCCUAUUGUGGCAGCGACAGGCCCAGUUUUAAGGCUCAACUUAGCGAGGAAAGCUCUGAAAGCUGCAGCUUCGGAGCCCAAGUCAGUAGCAUCGAUGGUUUCGCCACUCCGGAAAAUGAAGUAUGAAGAAAUUAUGGUCUUGUCCACGAAAGAGACUCGCAAGAGACAGAAAAAAUUGUUCAGAGACCAUGGCGUACAGCUCUACAAGAACUUAUUUCUACCCGCCGCCCAAAUCCCUCUCUGGGUUUGUAUGUCUCUUACCUUCCGUAAUUUGAGCGGAUGGUCCACGUGGGACAGUUUGGCUAACAAGCCGUUGGAUGCUUCCUUGUAUCAUGAAGGUAUCCUCUGGUUCACCGAUCUCACAACUUCAGAUCCGCUCCAUAUCUUCCCGCUUGCAGUGGGAAUAGUGGCGUUGGUCAAUGUUGAAUGGACGUUCAAAACUUUCAAUUUGAUGAGAGCAGGCUCAAGACGAGCAAAUCUUCGUCCUACCCUCACAGAUUCUAUGGCCAAUGUGUCACGAAUGGCUGUGGUUUUUCUCAUGGCUAUUUCUUUGCAUGCUCCGACCGCGCUAACCUUAUAUUGGCUUAGUUCACAAGUGUUCUCGUUGGUCCAAAACGUAUUUUUGGACUUGUUCCUUCCAAUCAGCUUCACACCACACAAAAGGCUCGAUCACACAAGACUGAAGCGUCCUGAUGCAAUUAGUGUCGUCAAACCCCAAAAUAAUUCCUUGUAA